CGGGGGCCGAAGACACGUUUGCGCACAUUAUCUGCGGACCAGCUGCAGCGAGAGCAGCACUGACCAACAAGCCUCCAACGCGUCCUGGCAGAUAUGGGUUGCUAUGACUGCUGUAUGCGCUGCCUGGGUGGGGUGCCAUACUGCUCCUUGGUAGCAACUCUGCUGUGUUUCUCUGGCAUCGCCCUUUUCUGUGGCUGCGGGCACCAGGCCCUUACUGAGACCGAGAGACUCAUCGAGAACUACUUUGCCCGCAACCUGCAGGACUACAUCACCCUAGCGUACAUCAUUCAGUACUUUCAGUAUGUCAUCUAUGGCCUGGCCUCAUUUUUCUUCCUCUACUGCAUCGUGCUGUUGGCUGAGGGAUUCUACACCACCAGUGCAGCCAAGCAAACCUUUGGAGAGUUCAGAAGCACAAUGUGUGGCCGCUGCCUCAGUUCCUCGUUUAUAGUGGUGACGUAUAUACUGGCUGUACUGUGGCUGUUAGUGUUUGCCUUCUCUGCCUUGCCUGUCUACUUCUUCUACAACAUGGAUGCCACCUGCCACACCAUUGAAGUUCUCACUGAGACUCCAGCUAGUAUCAACCAGCUCUGUGUUGAUGCCAGGCAAUAUGGGCUGUUGCCGUGGAAUGCUGUGCCAGGAAAAGCUUGUGGAAUGACAUUGUCCACUAUUUGCAAGACCAGAGAAUACCGCAUGACCUACCACCUGUACAUUGCUGCCUUUGCUGGUGCAGGCAUCACGCUGCUGGCUCUGCUGACCUAUAUUGUGUCCACCACCUUUAACUUUGCGGUCCUACGAUAUCUGGGGAGAAAGGGCAUAGGGGCACGGUGUUAGGCUCACCAGCUUCCUGUCUUCUCUGACACAACUGCACACCAAACUUUUGGGGACCUGACAGGACAACAGCAAAUCUUUCCUACCACUUUAUCUCCACUGCACCAUCAGUGAUUUUUGUUUUUUAUUGGACCUUGAGCUCAAUUUCCAUUCACUCACUUCUCUUUGCUUGUAUGUUUUGUCUUUUGGUUUUUUUGUACUCUAUAUUUAAUUUAACUUUUUAUGGAGGAGCUUGAUAUAUUUGAAAUACUCCAAAUGCCAUUUCGAGUUUUCUGUUUCUAGUAAGAUUUCCGCUGUUUUGACAGUCUCUUUUUUUUUUCUCCACACUUUGUUUCUGCUCAUUUGUUCUUGACAGCAGUGUGUUUGUAAAUAUUAGUUGUUGUUUUUCCGGAGGGCUCGUGUUUGAAAUAUAUUGUGGCUUCUCAUUAUUUGACAUAACCCCUAACAGAAUAACCUAGCUGAAAAGUAACAUAACCAAUUUGUUUUAGCAAUGCAUGUACAACUAAAAGUGUUAUUGGCGUGCAGGGAUCAUAUGUUACCAUGGAUACCGUCUCUCACAUCUGGUUGCCAUAGUGACAGACAAGCGUGCAUUUGCAGUCUCACUCUGACCUCAGGACUUUUUCUCACGGGCAUGAGAAAGGCCUCAACAAAGGAGUCUUGCCUGCUUUGAAAGCUGGCCAAUCGGGAGGCAGGUUCUAGAGGCCACCUUCACUGGGGGUCUGUGCCAAGGGUCAUAUUGCACGUCAAGGGAGAGGGCUCCGGGGACAAAGAGAGGGUGAGACUCCUCAAAAGCCUGAAUACAGCCCUUAUGUGACACCGACCACUCACCCAACUCUAACACACGCAUACCCGCAGACCCAGUGUGCUGCAAGACACCUCGAGUAGGUUAGAGGGGAAACUCCAGCACCAAAAUGCUCAGACUGUUUUUGAGAGGAGUCCAAAGAACCUUAGCCUCACUAUCAAUCGUGGAAUUAUAUAGAUAUCAAUCCAUUUCUUGCCUGGAGCUUAAGUCUCGCUCUGUAAUCCUGCGAGGAGUGAAUUGUUGAUGAAAGACAGUGGAAGUACGAGAAACUUGGAAGUGAAAAUGCAAAAAAAAAAAAAGGUCUUUCACUAUGCCGUUUGACUGUAAUGGGAUUAUCUUUUCAUAUGGAGGGUGUUUUCAGACACCUCAAAUCAUUCGUUUAGAGGACGUUAUUUGGCGAGGGCCAUUGAACCAUAGGAUUACAUUACAGCUUGGUGCGCUGCAGACGGCUGAUGCAAGGCUUCCUCAAUAUUGAAUCAGUUUAAAAGAUUCUGCUACUCUGUGCUCGGUUUGACUCCUAGUAAUGAGUUUUUCAUGAGGAAAAUGGGGUUUAGGUUGGAAAAUACUGGAGUUUCCCUUUUUAAGUAAUGGAUUCAGAGCAACAGGUGAGGCAACCAAAGGAAUUUUAGAUUUGUGUUUGAAUAGUUUCAAGGGACAUGCUUGUGUAGUUGGUUUAUACUGAUCUAGAAAGGUCAGAAAUUAUUUCUCUCAAAAUUUUGAGAUGGUAAAAGUACCACUGGUACUUACUUAUGUAGCAACCUCAUAUUUUUUAGACCAAAAAAAAAACCAUUGUUGAGGUGUGAUGCCCCCCAGCUGUUGCCGCAUGGCUGAGGUAUUAUGAUAGAGAUAGGACAGCUUUGUUUUGUCUUGAUUUCUCUAGCUUUUGUAGUUAUUGUAUAACACAUUUUUUACUUACUAUAGAUAAACAUGAUUUACACUUUGAAUAUUACUAACAAUUUUUUUUCAACAUACUAAGUAGAUUAGUUCAGCAAAGGGGAUUUAUUUUGGGAGUUGGUGGGUGACCAUUUUGUUUGUUUUCUAAAAAUAAUUAAAAAAACAAGAAGAAAAUUCUGAUAAGUGUUGAUAAUAUUUGAUAAUAAAAAAAACCCAUUCUUUCAAGUACUUGUGCGGAGCAAAUGUGUGUUUAUACCCUGCAGGACUACUCUGUCCAAGUGCAACGUCUGGUGUAGCGGCAUGGCGCUAAGCUAGCACUUCAGCCCUGGCCCGGUUCCAUGUCUUGGGGUUAGCACCACAUCCAGGCGUUUUGUAUUCUCUCCUCUCGUGUCCGUAGGUACACUAUUCCCUCCACCUGGCUGUGAGCCAGGUGUACCUGAAGGAGCUGAAGCACAGGGAGGCGGAAGGGAGGAUGAGCUAUGACCUGUGUGGAAGGCUGCAGAGGGACAGAGGAGGCGGAA